AGAAAAUACAACGAAGCUACUAACCCGCUGAUAGAAGUAAUGAAAAGAAGCGAGAAGGAAGUGGGAAAAGAUCAUCCUAACACGCUGGCCAGCGUGAGCAACCUGGCUGGAGUUGGCGCUGUAAUAUCGGGGGAAGUACAAAGCUGCAAAAUAAACGAACCAGCGAGCGCUAGAGGGGAGACAGAAGGGGCGGGGGAAAGAACACCCUGA